CAUUGCUCAAGCAAGAACAACCAACGUUGAAUACUUGAUCAUAUCUUUUUCUUCUCUUAUAGUAUCUCUUCAUCUAGAGAAGAACACUUCGAAACCAUGGAAGGAGGCAUACCAGAAGCUGAUAUGUCUGCUUUCAGAGAAUGUUUAUCUCUUUCAUGGAAGAAUCCUUAUGUUCUUCGCCUUGCUUUCUCUGCUGGAAUUGGUGGCCUUCUCUUUGGUUAUGACACUGGAGUGAUAUCUGGGGCUCUUUUGUAUAUCAGAGAUGACUUCAAAGCAGUUGAUAGGGAAACUUGGCUUCAGGAAGCCAUAGUGAGUUUUGCACUUGCUGGAGCAAUCAUAGGAGCUGCAGUUGGUGGAUGGAUGAAUGAUAGAUUUGGAAGGAGAGUAGCAAUCAUUGUUGCAGAUACCCUCUUUUUAAUAGGGUCUGUGAUCAUGGCUGCUGCUAUAAAUCCAACUGUUCUCAUUGUGGGUCGAGUAUUUGUUGGCCUUGGUGUUGGCAUGGCUUCAAUGGCAUCCCCUUUGUAUAUUUCAGAGGCUUCCCCAACAAGAGUUCGAGGAGCCCUUGUUAGUCUUAACAGUUUUCUUAUAACUGGAGGACAGUUCCUUUCCUACCUCAUCAACUUGGCCUUCACUAAGGCACCAGGGACAUGGAGGUGGAUGUUAGGGGUAGCAGCAGCACCAGCUUUGAUACAAAUUGUACUAAUGUUGUCACUCCCAGAAUCACCUCGUUGGCUUUACAGGAAGGGUAGGGAGGAGGAAAGCAAAGUAAUUCUGAAAAAGAUUUACCCUCCUCAGGAUGUUGAAGCUGAAAUUCUAGCUUUAAAGGAAUCAGUUGAUAUGGAAAUCAAGGAAGCAGAAUCAUCAGAUAAGAUAAGCAUGAUCAAACUAUUGAAAACUACAUCUGUUAGAAGAGGUUUAUAUGCAGGGAUGGGCCUUCAAAUCUUUCAGCAGUUUGUAGGUAUCAACACUGUAAUGUACUACAGCCCCACAAUUGUUCAGUUAGCUGGUUUUGCAUCUAACAGAACAGCACUGCUUCUUUCACUCAUCACAUCUGGGCUCAAUGCAUUUGGUUCAAUUUUGAGCAUAUACUUCAUUGAUAAGACUGGUAGAAAAAAGCUUGCUCUAAUAAGUUUGUGUGGUUGUGUUGGUGCUUUGGCUCUCCUAACUGUCGCUUUUCGUGAGAGUGAAAUUCACUCUCCAAUGGUUAGUGCCAUUGAGACCUCAAAUUUCAAUAACACUUGUCCUGAUUUCAAAUCAGCUGUUAACCCUAGAGGAUGGGAUUGUGUGACAUGCCUAAAGUCUUCACCAUCUUGUGGUUUUUGUGCUGCUGCUCAUGACAAGCUAUUACCUGGGGCUUGUUUGAUCUCGAAUUCUACUACAAAGGAUUUGUGUGGCAAUGAUCAUAGGGCAUGGUACACUAGGGGAUGUCCUAGCAAAUAUGGUUGGGCUGCAUUAGUAGGCCUUGCUCUCUACAUUAUUUUCUUUUCACCUGGUAUGGGAACUGUUCCAUGGGUUAUUAACUCUGAGAUUUAUCCCUUGAGAUAUAGAGGAAUUUGUGGAGGAAUGGCAUCAACAACUGUUUGGGUUUCUAACCUCAUUGUUUCACAAUCCUUUUUAUCAUUGACACAAGCUAUUGGGACAGCAUGGACAUUCAUGAUAUUUGGAAUUGUGGCUGUUGUAGCCAUUUUCUUUGUCAUUAUUUUUGUACCAGAGACCAAGGGAGUUCCAAUGGAAGAAGUAGAGAAGAUGCUGGAACAAAGAUCUUUACAAUUUAAGUUUUGGCAGAAGAGAGAUUCUGGCUCUGAGAAGCACUGACUCAGAAAAAAGCUCAGUUUUAAGUGGAGUCUUAUUAUAUAGCUUUAAAUAGUGAUUUAGGUGUCUGAAUAUUUGGCAAUGGUUUUUCUUGAGAUAUAAGAUUUGCUGAUAUAGCAUGUUAGUUCUAUUGUGUACUUGAUUAGUUGGAUGGCUGAAAGUCCUUGUGAAAUCAUUAUAAAUACUCUUUUUACUUAUGAAAUAAUAAAAUUAAGUAUUAAA